CCACCAUCAAUGCCGUAGCCGGCCACGAGCCUCCCUUCUCCUUCUUUCUUGGCUACCGCAAUGGCCAUGGUGGCCUCCAGUCCACCGCUGGCGACCACGAAACAUCCAUCAUCAUCGUCAUCAACACCUCGCCCAUCAACACCUCGCGUAGGAGCAAGCGGCUCAAGAUCGCGGCGUAGAGAAACAGGAGACCCAACAUCGUCCUCGUCUUCCUCGCCUCAACGCAUGCCAACAUCGUCAACGCCGCUGACUCGCCGCUCGCAGACCCGCGUCGCCAGUUUGGAGCAGAGCGAUGGCCUCAGAGAGACGGAAGAGCCAGAAGACAAGCUCAGAGAGGCGCUCAGGAGGUCAGCGUCGGGUCGGGAUGGCCCCGCAGCUGCGCAGCUUGCUCCGUUGACGCCGACUCGAUCUACCAGGGCGCGACCGCCGAAGCCGGCUGACAGGGCAGAGUACGACCCUGCAUCGCCUCUGGUGGAGCCCGCAGCAUCCUCGCCCUUGCCCUCCUCACCCUUGCCUUCCUCUCACCAAGCAUUCCAAGAGCGCUUCGACCGUCUGCGCGCUCGUCUUCGUCAGUCAGACGCGGCGGUCAAGAGUAGAGACUCGCAAGCCGAACCACUGCGUCGCGCAUCGUCCCUCAAGUCGACGUCAACAGUCCUCGCACGCCUAGAGGAGAGGAGACGAAUUCAAGCAGAGCGUCGUCUCAGCGACUCGCCCGAUGCGAGCCCAUCCCAGCCCAGCGAUCAGCCGCCGCGAUAUACCCGCCGAUCAUACCAUGCCCGUGCCUCAUCUGAGGACCUCACUCCCUCUCCUCCAGCCUCCUCUUCUCCAUCCCCAUCGCCCAGCGCCAAGCCGGCGGAACUUCCUUCCUCCCCGAUCCUGAGUCGUAAGAGAAGCUCCCGCACCUUGGCAAAGGAGGCGCAGCCUCGAUCGCCCUUAGGAGUGGCGAGGAGGGUGAGCAAUUCUGCAAAGCCUACCGAUGAAAGCGAAGAACGCGUGAAGAGCAGGUCCACAUCCCCGCUUCAUGACCCGCCUGAGAAGCAAGAUACCCGCCGUUCGUCAUCAUCAUCGCCCAAGGAGAGCUCGGCACCGCCCCUUCUUCAGAUGCCGGACAGCCUGCGAAGUCGCUCGAACAACUCGGUCAGCACAAGCAGCUCCUCCUCUCGCCACGUACAACGCCUCCUCAACGUCGAGCGCGGAGCGGAUAAUGCAGGCAACUCGCCGCGCAAGCAGCCUUCCUUUGAUGACCUGGCACGGAGGAUGGCGAACAGCAAGAGCGGCGCGAGCGGCGUGACUACGUCGUCUGGGUCGCCCAGCUUCUUGGAAAGGGCUCGAGCGGCUAGGCGACAGCAGGCAGGGCCGCAGCAAGCAGUCGCAGCUGAGAGAAAAGAAGCAGAGGCAGAGGCGACAUCGAGCCCUGCCUCGCCAGAAGAGUCGCUUCGCAGCGAUCCCGAUACCCCGGGCCGGUCACUUCGUCCUCUCGCCCCUCUGCGUCGCAAGAAGUCCAGUGUAGCACAACAACUCGCAGCCCUCUCGCUGCACUCCUCUCCAUCGAGCUCGGGCGCCGCCGCAAUGUCCGAGGACGAAGAGGACGAAGCCGCCGUCGAGCUCUUGACGCCUGAGUCUUCGCCCGUAGCCGCGGCUGCGGCUGCGGUGAGGCGCAGUCCUCGCACACCGAAGACGAGAGAGACGUCGCCCGCUUCCCCGUUAGCUUCUCUGCCCUCGAGCACCAGUAGAUCGCGUUCAUCGUCGCCGCUGCCGGCUCGUCAGCAACAGUCGAAGAAGGAGAGUAGGACGUUGCGCGCCGGCCCACUUCCUCCUGCUGUGAAGGAAAAUCGGUCUGAACGCAUCGGAAGCAAGGUGCUGGAUGAGGGAGAAACGGAAGCCGAGAUGCCUGUUCGAAGGUCGCGCGACUCGACCCACUUCGCAAAGGCAGAUCCUCCCACGAGGACGUCGACCACACCGACGGCUGCGCCACCGAUUGCACGGCCAGUCGCACCUUCUACCACCCGACCCUUGAAAGGCGUCGCCGUCCUCCUCUCCAUCCGCUCUCCCACCGGUCAGGACCUCUCCCCUCCCUACGCGGCCACUUUACGCUCUCUCGGCGCCAAAGUUGCCUCUCGCUGCCCCUCUGCAGACUCGCGGAGACAAUUGACGCACAUAGUCUGGAAGGGAGGGACACCGAGCACACUGCGCUACCUUCGUGGUCUAAUGGCGAGGGGUAGUGGGGUAGGUGCGGAGGCAGGGGCGGAGGCAGGGGCGGAGGCAGACGCGGAGGCGCAGGCGGAGCAGGUGAAAGUGGUGAGCGUGCGCUGGGUAGAGGAGUGUGUCGAGUUGGGACGGAGAGUUGCGGAAGAAGGGUACCUCGUUGAGGUGGGGAGGGAGGCGGCGAGAUUCGCGAGAUCGCAGAGGGAGGGCAGACCAGCUAUACCGCCUUCGAGGGGGAGCGUGGAGCAACUUGAGUCUCUUCUUUGCACCGCUACCAGUGGAGUUGGGGGAUUGGACCAUAUGACUCGGCAGGCGAUGAAGUUCAAGCCGGAGGUGGGGAGCUUGUUGAGGUGGGAGGUGGUUGCGGAAGGGGGGAGCGAGGGAGCGGAGCAGUAGGGAGCAACAGCUGGGUAGGCGAGGCAGAGUUUCGAGGGACUGUACACUGGAUCGCAUAAGCAUGCACGCUUCGCAACAAUUGUAUACUAGAUGGCGUGGAAGGCAAGCAAAGAAGGGU